AUGAAUCAUACAACUUCAAGAAACCCACAAAUUAAACUAUCACACUUACUAUCUUCAAUACCAAACUUUUCAUUUUUUGAAGAAUUGAUCAACUUAACUCAACCAAAUCAAGAAUCAGGUUCAUUACCAAUAACUUUACUGCAACAUGAUUCCUUUAAGAUGAAUAAAAUUUUGGAAGAUAUUGAUUUAUAUUUAAAUGAUUUAAUUAUGGUUUUUAAUAAUAUUAAAGAAGUUUCUAAAAAUUCUAUAAAUUUAUUAGAAUGGUAUUAUGAAGGUAAAAAUGUAUUAACUGAUUUAUUCAGAAAUUUGGAAAGUAUUGAUUCCAUUAUAUCAAGAUUAUUAUUAUUAGUUGAAUCAUCUGACUCAAACUUGUUUAUAACUCAAUCACUAAUAAAAAAAUUUGAAGAAGUAAGUGAUAUACUAUUAGAUGUUAAAAAAUUACUGAUUAUAUUGAAAAAAAAUUUAGAUAUAUCUAUAAAUUAUCAUGAAUUAAUUGAAUUAGUUAUAAGACUGUUGAGAAUAGAAAUUGAAGACUGUAUAAAAUUAAUUGAAAAAUUGAAAGAUUAUAAUUUAUCAAGUCCAAGAAAAGUCUUACCAAAAUAUAAUUUAAAUGAUAUUGUUACCAAGAUGAAAAUUAAUGAUUUUAAUAACAGUCAUACUUUUUCAAUAAAAUCUAUAAAACUACCGACUUUUAAUGAUUUAGAUGAAAAAAUUUAUGAGGAAUACCAAUUAAUUGAAUCAAAAGUAUUGCCGUUAAAAGUAUCAUUAGAUAUAGUACCUCAAAAAGUUGAAGAGUUUAAUAUGAUAUGUUCGCAUUCGUCUUCGUUUCAAGUAUCAAGAGAGUUUGUUUUACAAAGUUAUGAAUCAAUGUUAGAUAAAUGGAGAAUUUUAACGAGUCAACUUCAAAAAUUGAAAUAUGAAAAAAUAGAUUCGAAAUGGAAUGAUAUAUUUAGUUACUUGACAAAACAAAUUGAACAAGAAUGUGAUGACUUAAUUGAUGUUUUAACAUUUUGUGACUCUGCAAGUACUGAAGGUAACUCAGUUAUAAGUGAUGACAUUGGAUCAAGAUAUAAAAUUUGUUCAAACUCCAUUAAAUUGAUUGAAAGUGCUAUUGUUGAACAUGUUAUUACUAAUAAGGAAACUCUGAAUUUGUUUAAUAAAAAUUUACAACCAAAAUGGAUGGAGGUUAAUGAUUUGAUAUCAAGAUCGAAAAUUGAUUCAAGUUUAUCUAUUUUUCAAAAGCAGAAGAAGGAGAUGAUUAAAAAAACCAAUCAUUCCAAAGGUCUUAGACCAUUUCAAACAAAAUCAAGAAGUUCCGGCAAUGAUAAUUUGGAUAGACCAAUGAACAAUGGGUUAGGUAUUGAUUUUAAUGUAGAUGUUCAAUCUGUUACAUUACCAUUAAGUAUUCAGAACAAGGAUAAAGUUAUAGAUAUUUUCACAGGUAAAACAAAACCAAGUGGUAGGAACUUAAAAAACUCAUUAAUUGAAGUAUUUGACAGUUUCAACAUUAAUGAUGAUGAACGAGAAGAUGAAGAAAGAACAUUAGUUAAAAGUCCAGAGUUGAGUAACAAUACAUUACAAGAUUCAAUAAUUUUUAAAAAACCAAAAUCAAGAAUUUCAUCAUUUGAUUUUAAUAGUUAUUUUAAUAAUGUUUUAAAUUCAAGUAUUAGACAACCUUCUAAAUUACCUCGUAUGAAUUCAAAUUAUAUGGAAAUGGGGUACCCAAAAAUUAUCAAAAGAAAAGGUUAUACCAAAAUUCCAGAAAUCUGUUCAAAUCAUCCAAUUUUCCAAUCUCCUUGUAAAUUAAGACAUUCAAAAUUUCAAACACCUCGUAAUAACUUGGAUAUUUCACCACAAACUCAAACAAAACAAAGUUUAUCGUAUCAUCAUAGAAAUGAUCCUUUCCAUUUAAGUAGAACAAGAUCAAGAGCAAGCUCUUCUACCACCACGAUAAUUGGUAGACCGAAUUCUUUAUUAAAUGAAAUGAAAAUUCCAAAUUUAACUUUUUCAAGAAGAUUAGAUUAUAAUUGUACAUCACCUGAAAGACCAUUAUCAUCAUUAGGUUCAAGAUUUGAUGAUGAAAAUUUGCUAAAGUCAUUAGAUGAAAAUCGACCCAUUUGGAGGUAA